GGGGCAGAAGGAAGAUGGCGUCCAAGAUUCAAGUGGUGCUGAGGCCGGUGAAGAGUAUCAUGGUCCGCUUCUGCCCCUUCGAGUCCAAUGUGGAGGCCACGAGAGAAUUUCUUAGAUACAUAAGCCAUAAAAGAAUCCAGACCACUAAUAGAAACUGUGAAGUGACUGCUGAUGUGCGACAUGAUGGGUCUGAACCACUUGUAGAUGUUAUGUUUGCUGAUGGAGAGCGAUUGAUAAUGAAGGGAGCAAACUUGACGACAAUAGAAAUGUUAACGGCAUUGGGCUCCAGAUGUAAUGCCAAAGAGCUUAAGGAAGAACAGAAAAGUAAGAAGAAGAGUGCCUGAGGAACAGAAAAACAACUGUGCUUGCAUUUACUUGCGUUAAAAACAGCCGGCUGCACGGAGGGCUUUUCUUCUAGGCAACAAAACCUGAAAGAGAGAAGAUGACCAAAACACUGAUCGGUUUAACAGGCAGCAGAACAAACCAUCUAAAUGUUCCUUGUCUUCGUGUAGAGGAAACCAUAGUGGAUAAACAAAUCUUCUAACACCAGUGAGUCAGAGUGGCUUAAGAUGCAUUAAUGCGUCUCUCUAAGCAGCUGCCUCUGUUGCCUUUGUGUGGGACUGAUAGCACAUAUGUUUGCAUAUAAAUGUGAGCAAUGCACAUUAGCUAUUAAAUUAAUAUUAGAGCAAAGACAGAUCUCUUUGACAUUUAUUUCCUACAAAAUUCUUCCACAGCGGGGUGCAAAACAUUAUGAGAGUGAUUAUUAUUUUUGAAGGCUAUUAAAUACAAAAAUCUGAAGAAAACUUUGAAGGUGUUAAUCAUUGACUUAGCUGAGGGACAGCAAACUAUGAAUACAUAGUGAAUUUUGUAAUACCAUGUUUAUCAUACAUCUGUUGAUACGUCCCUGCCAUUUUCUUCCUCUGUCUUUCAAGCAAGUUUGAGAAUUGGUAAAUGUAAAUUUAGCUCAGCAAUUAAAGUACAAGGUAGUGGGACAGGGAACACAGAGGAGAGCUAAUCUUGCAUAAAAGCCCAGUUUAGCUCAAGGGGAAAGGUAAGUUAGUUAAAUGGAGAAAAGAGAUUCUUUGAAGUUCAGUUUUGUAAUAUUUUUGUCACUCACUUUUGGGAGAUUUCAUUAAAUAUUUUAUAAAGAUGAAAA